ACUUACAACCAAAUAUUUACUUUUCUUCUUAAUAAUGGCUGCUAGUUCUUCGGUUUCCCAUGCCAAGGCUCUCCAAUUCAUUGAGGAGAUUACUACAAAUGCUGACUCGGUUCAACAGAAGGUGUUGGCUGAGAUUUUGAAUAGGAAUUCUGAUACCGAGUAUUUGAAACGGUUUCGACUGAGUAGAAGUGCAGGUAGAGAUGAAUUUAAGUCAAAUGUUCGGGUGGUUACUUACGAAGACCUUCAACCCGAUAUCCAACGUAUUGCUAAUGGCGAUCGCUCCCCUAUUUUUUCCUCUCAUCCUAUUUCCGAGUUUCUUACCAGUUCUGGGACAUCUGCUGGGGAGAGGAAACUAAUGCCGACAAUUAAAGGAGAAAUGGAACGUCGUCAGCUACUUUACAGCCUUCUCAUGCCCAUCAUGAACAAGUAUGUACCGGGGUUAGACAAAGGGAAAGGGCUUUACUUUUUAUUCGUGAAGGCAGAGACCAAGACCCCUGGAGGUUUACCGGCACGUCCGGUACUUACUAGCUAUUACAAGAGCGACAUCUUCAUGACCAGACCCUAUGAUCCUUUCAAUGACUACACUAGCCCAAACGAGGCCAUUCUAUGUGCCAAUUCCUUCCAAAGCAUGUACACUCAAAUGUUAUGUGGUUUAUUGAUGCGUGACCAAGUCCUCCGUGUUGGCGCCGUCUUUGCCUCCGGUCUCCUCCGUGCCAUUCACUUCCUUCAGCUAAACUGGAAACAGCUGGCACACGACAUCUCCACGGCAACCUUAAAUCCCAAAAUCACGGACUCUUGUCUUCGUGAAUGUAUAGUAUCCAAAUAUUUAACAAACCCGAAUUCGGAGCUGGCGGAACUCAUCUCAAAGGAAUGCUCGACGGAGGAAUGGGAAGGGAUUAUCACGAGAAUAUGGCCGAAUACUAAAUAUUUGGAUGUGAUUGUGACUGGAGCCAUGGCUCAGUAUAUUCCCACCCUCGAAUUUUACAGCGGUGGUUUACCCAUGGCUUGCACUAUGUAUGCUUCUUCCGAGUGUUAUUUUGGGGUAAAUUUAAACCCAAUGUGUAAACCCUCGGAUGUGACUUACACCAUCAUGCCAAACAUGUGCUACUUCGAAUUCAUCCCCCUCGACAACGACAUGUCGUCUCCUCCAACUCAACUUGUUGACCUCGCAGACGUGGAAGUCGGGAAAGAGUACGAACUCGUGAUCACAACAUACUCUGGACUCUGUCGUUACCGAGUCGGUGACAUCCUACACGUCACUGGGUUCCACAACGCGGCCCCACAGUUUCGAUUCGUGAGGAGGAAGAAUGUUCUUUUGAGCAUUGAUUCCGACAAGACGGAUGAAGCCGAGUUACAAAAGGCCAUAGACAACGCCGCGCUGUUGUUGCGGGGGUUCAACACUAGCGUGGUGGAGUAUACGAGCUAUGCGGAUACGAAAACAAUCCCAGGACAUUACGUCAUAUAUUGGGAGCUUCUUGUGAAAGACGAAGAAACUGGAAAUUUCCCUCCAGGAGAGAUUUUAAAUCAGAGUUGCUUGGCUAUUGAAGAGAGUUUGAACUCGGUUUACCGACAAGGCCGAGUUGCGGAUAACUCAAUUGGACCGUUGGAGAUUAGGGUGGUAAGAAAGGGGACGUUUGAAGAGUUAAUGGACUAUGCGAUCUCGAGGGGUGCGUCGAUCAACCAGUACAAGGCGCCACGAUGCGUAAACUUCACGCCCAUUAUCGAGCUUCUCGACUCUAGGGUGACUUCUGUUCACUUUAGUCCAUCCAAGCCACACUGGACACCAGAACCACGCGGCUAGACAUUAAUCAGUUUUUCAGGGUUGCCUUCUUAAAAUCGUUUUGAUACAUUUUAUUUUAUAAUAUGUAUGCUUCUUAUUCCUUCAUAAUUAAUGGGUACAAAGAAUAAGUAUUUUCACA